UUUUUCAUUCGUUCCUUUCUUCUUCUUCGCGACUUCUGUCGGGGGCAAAAAAAAAAAUCGCCUCUCCGUAACCGCAUUCUCAGAAGACCUAAUGACUGACCCAGAGAGAUUAACCGCAUUGAAGAAGGCUUACGCGGAUACGAUACUGAACACGGCCAAGGAAGCGGCGGCACGUGUGAUGGUUUCAGAGAGGAGAGCUCGUGGGUAUCAGCAGGAGCUUGUGGCGGUUAGAGACGAGGCUCUCCGUACGUGUCUUAGGCUUAAGCAGAUGUAUGAUUCCAAGGUCAAAGAGGCAGAGAUGAUGUCUUUAAGCAAGCAGCAAAAGAUUGAAGAACUUGAAGCUCAACUUGGAGAAGCUGAAGAUAUAGUGGGCGAGCUAAGGAUGGAGCUGCGGGAGUCUCGUUACCAGCUCGAGAAAUUGACAAGUAUUCGUCAAAGCAACGAGGAGGAAAACAAGCCAAUAAAUGAAGUGGUUUCUUUAGCGUGUGAGGACUCUAGUAACCACGAGAGAACAGUAGUGGCUAGUGGGAUCAUCAAACCACAUUCGAGUGACAGAGAUAUGAGUAUCAACAGGUGUUCUUAUAAAGAGAAUAAAGAUCCUUGCCACCAUACUCUUCCUUCCAUACUAACUAGACGCAGAGAAGCUGAAGCGUUAGAAAAAGGAGAUUUUCCUAAUGUGGAAGAGAAGGAGCUACUGACUACAUCUUUGUCGCCUUCAGAGAAAGAGUAUGUCCAGUUCACAGUCAGGAGAAAGCGUAAGAAGGAUGCAAGAAGCGGCAGCAUUAGCCCUGAAGGGGGAAGCUCCUCAUCGCAAGAAGACGAGAGCAGAAACAGAAGACAAAAGACUGGAGAGAAAGACAAUGUGUACUUGGACUCCUUCAACACUGAAUCAUCAUCUCGUGAUACUCGUCGUGUUGCUCAGGUCGCUCGUCAGCUUUUACCAUUCACAGAGAAGAAAACGUCGCAGGAGAACCAAAGUGAUGAUGUUUCUUGAGUCGCAAGUAAUCUUGGAAGGUCCUAUUCUAUCAUCAGUUGCAUUUGAUCUCUCUGAAUGGUUGAUUAGAGAAGUUAGCUGAAGUAGUAAGAUUGUUAACAUCAAUACACAUUGUCAGCUUAUAGACUAAUGGAAAAGGCUAAUUUUGAGUCGUUGA